UUUUACAAAAAUGUAUUCACAAGGUCAGCAUGGCAUCAGACAUAUUAUCUAUACUGAAGCUGGACCCGGCAACCACAAGCAGCAGCGGCGGGAAAGUUAUCAUAGCCAAGGAGCUGAAUGGUUGUGAGAGCACCUUUAUUAUUAGUAGCUUCUUUGGAGAGUACUACAGAUCCUCCACACAUACACUUCUAGUGCUGCUGCACAAUCCCCUGUCUCAUUACCAAAAUGUCAGUCUACGAAUGAACUACAAUUUACAAAAACUAAUAGACUCUGGACAUUUGGAAGUUUGUGACUUGGCUAAAAAAAGUGUGGACAAUUUACUAACUGGAAACAGUCAGCUAAAGGACAUGGGGGCAAAGGUGAUGGACAAACUCACAGAAAUGAAGAAAAAGUGUGGUGAAGUAACCGUCAUAGUGGACGGGCUAUCACACUUGUUUGACUUGGAGUACAGUCUGAGUGAAGUGAAUGAGUUCUGUAGGAGUGUGAUCAGGUUGAGGGGCGAGGGACGGUCGCAUGUGGUGCUGCACUGCCAUGUGGCGUCAGAGGACCACGUCACCAACACCUGCGCCAACAUGCUGUGUCACAUGGCUGACACUGUUGUGGUGGUGGAGAACCUCUCAUCAGGACUCAGUGCCGAUGUCUCUGGACAUCUGAAAGUGACAUAUCCUGGGCAGAAGUUUGUAGAUGAUGUCAUAGAUAUUAAAUCAGUCCAGUAUCUGUUCAGAUUAUUUGAUAAAGGAGUUAAAGUGUUUGCUCCCGGCUGUGUGUAAUAAUUAUUAAUAAUACUUAAGCAUUUAUGUAUUUUAUUUUGUUAUGAAUAUUAUAUUAUAUUUGUACUUU